AUGCCUGUCAAUUCAGCGCCCGCCGGCCAAGUGACCGAAAGCAAAUCGAGGAAGAACAAGAAGAAGAAAGGCGGGAAGACCGGAGCGCAGAGUGAAAAAGAUGGGAACACUGGAACGACCCCCGUAGAUUCCAAGAAGGAUGGACAGCAUGACGAACAACUGGACAUGGUAUCACAUACUUCCUACCCUGAAAUGGCAACUUGUCUAGAUCAAGAAAUACUAAAGCGUAUUGGUUAUCGUUAUAAGGACUCGGACCACGCGACAGUGAACGGAUCGCAAGAAGCUGAGCCGUCGGCGUCAGUUACAGAAAACCUCCAGAAUCUCUCAAUCGAAACCCCAACAUCACACUCGAACGAAAAUCAACCAGCGUCGGAUACCGACCCAAUGAAAAAUGAAGCGGGUGACCGAGGCACUGACGAUAGAUUUGAUGUUCUCGUGCGGGAUCGAGACUCGCUGCGGGAAGAAGUCAUCGAGAUGCGCCGUUCCCUCGAGGAGAUACAGAAUAAGCACGAUGAGGAAAUGGAAACCUUGCAAGAGAAGCUCCGGGUCUCGGAAAGCCAGAAAGAGCAGGCUGAGUCGCAAUUCCACAGCUUGUUAGGGAGAGUGAACACAAUUAAGUCUCAGCUGGGAGAGAGACUGAAAGCUGAUGCUGAGGAAUUGACUGAAAAGAGGGCCCAGAUUGAACAAUAUGAAAGCGAGAAUGCCUCCCUGAGAGCUGAGCUGGAGGCUAGAUCUUCGAAUAUAUCUUCCCUAGAAAGUGACCGCGAGCAACAGUCAAAGGAGCUUUCCAGCCUGCGAAAUAGAAUAAACCUCGCCCAACAGAAUUGGAUUAAAGAGAAAGAGGAACUAUUGGCACAGGAAUCGGAACUGCGAACAGAAUUUGAGGAAGCUAAGCAGGCAAUGCAUAGCUGGGAGAUAAUUGCGAUGGAGGAGCGGUCCAUCCGAGAAAAUCUGGGAGAAAAAGUUAUAGAUCUAGACGAACAGCUGUCGACGAUUAGGGCAGAUUACGAGAAAAUGACGUCUGACUAUAACUCCCAGGGAGUAGCAGUUGAAGGCCUCCAAAAGGCGCUAAGAGAAAUUCAAGCUGCUCGAAAGCAAGAAUUACGUGAACUAGUAGAAAGUACCAAUGCACAAGUAGAGGAAGUCCGAAAGAAACUGGAAGAUGCAGAGAAGCGCGCAGCCGAAGCUGAUGCCGCCCGAGAAGAAACGAAAAAGAGCCUUGAAAGAGCUUUGCCGUUUGAGAAAGAGGUCAAGGAGAAGAACCUCCUUAUAGGCAAGCUUAGACACGAAGCCGUUACUUUGAACGAGCAUCUCACAAAAGCUUUACGGUUCUUGAAAAAAGGGAAGCCUGAAGACAACGUGGAUAGGAAUCUUGUCACGAACCACUUUUUGCAUUUCCUCUCUCUGGAUCGAUCGGAUCCGAAGAAGUUCCAGAUAUUGCAGCUUAUUGCUGCUCUCCUAGGGUGGAAUGAUGAACAACGAGAGCAAGCUGGCCUUGCUCGACCGGGUGCCUCGGGGGGUUACAACAGUCUUAGAGCUCCACGAUCUCCGUCCAUGUUCAAAACCCCAAGCUCACCCUCCCUGACAACAGGAUAUUUUGGCACCAACGCAGACGCGCGGAAAGAGUCUCUGGCUGAGCUAUGGUCGAAUUUCCUUGAGCAAGAAGCCCAGGCAGAGGGAAAGCUACCGGCCCAGAACGAGAAUCCCUCGGACAAGACGGCGUCAUGA